UUAUCCUUGAUGGAUUCUUAAAACAAUGAAUUUAAUGAACUUGUAACUCAUAUAACUCAAGUUGAAGGGAGUCAAGUUGGGGCCUGCAACUCAUUUUUGCCCUGAGCCCCCCAAAGAAGGUUAAUCCGGCCCUGUUUAUACUCAGUGACAGAAAGUUUUUACUUGUAAUGGAGUACUUUCAUUAUGCAAAGAGAUGAAACACCUAAGCAUUAUUUAAUUCUAACAUCUUUGUACUUUUUCUGGUUUAUAAUCUCACAUUUGCUUUUGUAGUUUAAAAAAUGUAUAAUAUAUCAAAUAAAUAGAAAUGUAUCUUACUCAAGUAAAGGGCAAGAACCUUAAAAUGGUAAUUUACGUAUAAUGCUUAAAUGUGACACACAUUCCACUCCUGCAAUGUGCAUUUUAUUGAGAAAUCUUCCAUCUGGUGUCAUUUUGAACGCAGCAUCUUCCCUGUAAACGAGCACCUGCAUUGUCGUGUUGCUCUUUCACCACGCUGCAGGCUGAGAGUUAGAUACACAUCGCAGGUUUGUUCGCCAUCCUGCAGCAUCUGUCUGAUAAUUUUCCUUGUGUGGUGCUGCCGGCUGAAAUGUGAGCGUCACGGAGCGCCCUCCUCCUCCUUCUCCCUCCCCUCCUCCUCUUCUGCCUCUCCCCCUGACUGGAGUCCCACUGAGCGGCUCUCAAACUUCAGUGUCGAGCCUGAACGCGGAGGACGGAGAGCAGGAGCCCGACAGGCGGCUAACACAGCCCUUUUGGACCGGCGACAAACACACGCGGACGGCCGCUUUCCUGACCUGCUGUUCAUCCCCGCUCGCUCGCCGACGGAUUUACAGCCGGAGCUCCGUGUCUCGUUUCUUUCUUUCUGUUUUUUUUUUGUUGCUAUUUCUCCCCCCCUCCAUUGUUUGUCGAAGUUUCCCGACUGUCACGUCUCAGUUGCGGACCUUUAUCUCGACUGCAUGUGGGAUUAAUCGUUUGUUUUUUUUCUAAUUCAACACGACUAAUCCAGCAGUCAGCCACUUUCUGCGCGAGGCUGUUUUUUUAAGGGGGCUUUUCUCCUCUGACGGAGCGGGAGAGGAGACACACGGACCUGCCUUCGCCAUGGGGAAAUAGCGGGGAUCUCUCUCCCGUGUCCGACCCCCGUAGUUUUGACUUUUUCUUUUUUUGAAAAAAAAAAAUUCAUGAUUGUUUCUCAGAGACUAGAGCUCGGCUUCUGACUCGACACGAUGAGCGUGGACGGCGUCCCGCUGAAGGUGGGGAUCUUUCUGUGGUGUCUGCUGGUGAUUUCUGGCUCCAGCUUUGAGAUCGGCUCCUACGACCUGGAGCGAGGCAGACCGGCCAAGUGCGAGCCCAUCGUGAUCCCCAUGUGCGAGGGGAUCGGCUACAACCUGACCCGCAUGCCCAACUUCAUGGACCACGACGACCAGAAGGAGGCUGCCAUCAAGCUGAACGAGUUCGCCCCUCUGGUGGCGUACGGCUGCGACGUGCACCUCCGCUUCUUCCUCUGCUCCCUCUACGCCCCCAUGUGCACGGACAAAGUGUCCACCUCCAUCCCGGCCUGCAGACCCAUGUGCGAGCAGGCCAGGGAGAAGUGUGCCCCCAUCAUGAAGAAGUUCAGCUACACCUGGCCCGACUCGCUCGACUGCUCCAAGCUGCCCACCAGGAACGACCCCAACGCCCUGUGCAUGGAGGCCCCCGAGAACGAGACGCGGACGGAGGUGAAGAAGGGCGAGGGCAUGCUUCCGGUGCCCCCUCGCCCCAGGCAGCCGGGCACCACCGGCGGCCGCUCUCCGGGCGGCCCGGGCUCCUGUGAGAACCCGGACAAGUUCCAGUUUGUGGAGAAGAGCCAGUCGUGUGCGCCCCGCUGCUCCGCCGCCGUGGACGUCUUCUGGUCCAGGCAGGACAAGGACUUCGCCUUCAUCUGGAUGACGGUGUGGUCCAUCCUGUGCUUCGUCUCCACCGCCUUCACGGUCCUCACCUUCCUCCUGGAGCCACACCGCUUCCAGUACCCCGAGCGGCCCAUCAUCUUCCUCUCCAUGUGCUACAACGUCUACUCUGUGGCCUUCAUCAUCCGCUCGGUGGCCGGGGCCGAGAACAUCGCCUGCGACAGGGAGGAUGGCGAGCUGUACAUCAUCCAGGAGGGGCUGGAGUCCACGGGCUGCACCAUUGUCUUCCUCAUCCUCUACUACUUUGGCAUGGCGUCCUCCAUCUGGUGGGUCAUCCUCACCCUCACCUGGUUCCUGGCCGCGGGCAAGAAGUGGGGCCACGAGGCUAUCGAGGCCCACAGCAACUACUUCCACAUGGCUGCGUGGGGCAUCCCGGCCCUCAAGACUAUCAUCAUCCUCACAAUGAGGAAGGUGGCUGGAGAUGAGCUGACCGGCCUGUGCUACGUGGGCAGCAUGGACUCCGGGGCGCUCACGGGCUUCGUCCUCAUCCCCCUGUCCUGCUACCUGAUCAUCGGCACCUCCUUCAUCCUCACCGGCUUCGUGGCCCUCUUCCACAUCCGCAAAGUGAUGAAGACGGAGGGCACCAACACGGAGAAGCUGGAGAAGCUCAUGGUGAAAAUCGGCAUCUACUCCAUCCUCUACACGGUGCCGGCCACCUGCGUCAUCGUCUGCUACUUCUACGAGAGGCUGAACAUGGACUACUGGAAGCUGAGGGGGCUGCAGAUGAAGUGCGGCUCGUUCAACGGGCUCAGCAGCGACUGCUCGCUGCAGACGUCCGUGCCCACGGUGGCCGUCUUCAUGCUGAAGAUCUUCAUGUCGCUGGUGGUGGGCAUCACCAGCGGGGUGUGGGUGUGGAGCUCCAAGACCCUGCAGACCUGGCAGGGCCUGUGCAGCAGGAAGCUGACAGACAGGACUAGAAGCAGGAAGCCCUGCAGCGGGGUGAGCUGUGGCAGCACACACUGCCACUACAAAUCUCCUGCUGUGGUUCUGCACAUGGCCAAGACUGACCUGCACUCAGACAACCCCACACAUGUCUGAGCGUGACACACACACACACACACACGCACACAUGCACUGCCAAACACUCACACACGUACAUGCAUACAUACAUAUGCCCUGAGUAAGGAGCUGCUAAAGACUUUGUAAGAAGAUGAGCGGUCGAAUUGAACUGUUACUGCUCUGCUGCUGCCAAGGGACACACAGGUACAAGCGUCACUAUGAGAAACUAUAAACAGUAUUCAGUGCAUAAAGGGAAAAUGUUCAGUAUUGUUGCCCAUAUUUUCUGUUGAGUAGUGUUCUGUGCAGUAGACAUGCCCAGUGUUUGAAUGCAAAAUUUAAAAGAAAAAGAAGAAGAAGACUGUUACGGGAGGUGUUUUCGGAAAAAUAUUAGUCUCCUCCCUGAAAGUGGCAUGAUUAUCUGUAUAAAUCUGUAUAAAUGUUUUAUUUAUUGUAAAUAUAUUUAAUUUAAAGUCGGCUCUUAUCAGAUUUGUUGUCUAGAUGCAUUUAUUAAAGGUAAAGGGAAACUAAGUGCCUUUUCUAAGAACUCUGGUUCUGGCCUUUUUGGAGGAUAAUAAAUUUGUGGAAUUCA